CAGUGUUGUGUUUAAAAAUUUUGCUAUAAAACUUUAAACAGCAAGUUUUUUUUGCAUUAUACACACACACAAAAUAAAAAUUGAGCAAAAUUUUACUAGUUUCAUUAUACUCUCAUUUGUAAAUCACGAAAUGUGUUGAAAUUUUAAUUCGUUCCAUUUCAUUACGCGAACGCAAAUUGACUUAUUGGUUGCUCAUACAUACCAUGCCCACGCAUACUCCAAAGUGACGUUUUUUCGAUAUUUGUAUGGGUAUUCACUAAUUUUUUCUAUAUAUUAUAUGAGAACAUUGACCAAAUAUUUUGCGUUUACUAUUCUAUGACAUUUACAUUCUUCAAACAUUGUUGAUGAGACUUUGUUUAUUUUGAUGCCAGGUUAUGUAAAUAUAUGAAGCAUGUGUGUAGUUAUUGAAAAUUAAAAUUGUAUUAGCAGUUUGGAGCAUACUUUUAACAUUUAAUGUGUUAUUAAUUUGAAUUAGUUAUUGUUUCUCAAAUUAUUUGGUGAUUAUUUGGUGUUGGAAGUGAAAACUACUAGGUUAGUUUCGUUUUUCCAUAGUCGAAUAUAAUAUUUCGUGUCGUCAGUUAAUUCGUGAACUACGUUAUUGGUAUUUGUCUUCAAGAAUAUUUAGUGCUUGUGUGUUCCUCGACCGCCCAGACAGACAGCAAUGGAUCAGGGAAGUGGUGUGGGACAAGACGUGAAUGAUGGCGGCGAAACUGAGGAAGAAAUCCGGGAGCUCAUGAAUGAGAAUGAAAUGUCAGCCCAGGAAAAAAUUCUGGCAAUGAAGGAAGAACUGGAGACAUUGAUGGCGAUGAAGGAAAAAUUGGAGAAUUUGGUGGCCGCGGUUCAAGCGGAGGUGAACACCCAGGUGUUGGCGGCUGGCUCGGAGCAGGCCGUUGCCACGGAGGCUGCCCCUGCCUUGGACCCGACCCCUGUUACGGAGCCGACCCUUGCCACGGAGCCAACCCCUGCCACUACGCGUCAUGUUUCGCUACCAGAAGUACGCUCCUGGAAAAGACCCUUCGAAAUCAAGAGUUGGUGGAGUAACAACUACGUUGAUACAAGGACAGUUAUUGAAACAUUGAAUGCUAUAGUAAAACAGGAAAAGGAACUGACCCAAGAAACUUAUGAAACAAUUCUGGCUGGGAAGUCGAGGUUGGCAGAUGCAACUCUGGGUGCCAUUUCCACCAGGCUGCGCACGCACACUAUGGUCGCCAUGACAGAUUGCACUGGCAGCUUGUUGUUCAAGGUGGACAGACUCAGGUUCACACCUGUGACGAAUUCCCUGUCGGAGCGCUUUGACUAUUACUUUGGUAAUAACAAGAAACAAGGUUUUGCUGGAAUUGUGCCCAAAAUGUCAAGGAAUGACCAUGUUCAGAAGGUGGUGCAGGUUGUCAAAGAGUUCACAAAGACAUCUGGAGAGGGUAUUUAUGAUCCGAAAAGCAAACAAGGCUUGUGGAAGUCGGUGACAGUGCGGUCAAAUUUUGCUGGGAAGUGCAUGGUGGUUUUAAACAUACACGUGAUAUACAUCGCUGCAGCGGAGAAAGUUUGUCGCAACUUAACGCCACGACUCGGCCGGCUGUUUGAGACUGGACCAGGGAAGGACCUGGGGGUUGUCUCAGUGCACAUAAAAGCAAGCUCUGGGUACUCUGCGGCGACAGUGCGGUACCUUGCGUACGGAGAGGAGCAUCUGGUGGAGGAAGUAGCGGACUUACGCCUGCACCUGUCGUGGAAAGUGAUGCUGGAUUCGCUCCACGGCAUCCCCUUGCUGUGCGACACCAUAGCCGAGAUGCUGGCGUUGGGAAAGGAGAAAGCUGUCAUCACGUUAGGCACCCCUGACUUCAUCACCAUACCCAUAGCAAAGAAAUGCAACACUGUAUUUUGCAUAAACGAGAUGGAGAAGGCUGUCCGGUCUGCAUUUGAUGCAAACUUGACGUUAAAUAAAGUAAGAAAUGUGAUGCUCGUUGACGAUUCAUCGAUACUCGCCUUGCCAGCUUACCAAGACUCGUUCAAGCAGUACAGUCAAGUGUGUGCCGUAAUCACGGACGAGUCGAUUGGAACGCAUUCCCUACGCUCGACUAAAUAUCUUUCGGAAGUGAAGCGACUAGUCCAGUUGCAGUACGUCAAGAGGGUGUUCUACAUUUGCCUUUCGCAUAACACAGAUGAAAUAUUCAAAAUUUUAUGCUGGAAGAAAUUGGACAAUACCGAUCCAUUUGUGAUAGUCAAGGUGGUUUGUGUUGAUGUGGUGCCAACGAAAUCCCCAGCAAUCACGUUUUCCUUGGCGCGAGUCUCGGAGCUGGAAGAUCCGACUGACACUCGUAACUUUAAAAGCAAGAGUGGUUUCACAUUUAGAGGUGGGAAGAAAACAAGGGAAAAGAAGGAACAUGCUAUUAAAAACUCUCUGUCUAUCCUGGAGCCUCUGCUCUUCUUGGAGCCAGAUUAUGUACGAAGUACCGAGCCUUCUGAUGGACAACGCAUUGAUCCCUCUGUCGAACAAGAUACCAUGCCUUCCUUAGUUCGAGGCACUUUACCUUCCGUCAGACGAGGCACCGUUCCUUCUGUCGAACAAGAUACCGUGCCUUCCGUGGUUCAAGGCACCGUUCCUUCCGUUGAACAAGAUACCGUGCCUUCCGUCGGACGAGGCACCGUACCUUCUGUUGAACAAGAUACCGUGCCUUCCGUCGGACGACAAGGCAGUGCACCUUCUGUUGAACCAGCAGCCUUGCCUUCCGUUGGACGAGGCAUUAUACAUUCUGUUGGACGAGGCAUUCCUCCCAAAAAACCAUUUGUGCCUUUCCAGCGGUUUAAGGCGGAGAUAUUUGCCAAGACAGUUUUACAUGACCUGUGUGGGAAACUAAACGAAGACUUUGCCGCUCUCAUGAAGAAUAAUACGCACGGUUGCUUCUUCAGCGCACAGAACCUGAGGUUCACUCCUGCGGACACCUCCCCGUCAGAGUGCUUCAGUUCUUCCUUCCGUAUCAACGAAGAAACCGGCAGGCUUGAAUUGGUCAGUCCAGCUCCGAGGAACUUGCACAUGUUGGAAGUGUUUGAGGUUAUCAAGGAGUUUUUGGAGUCGUCUGGACGACCGUGCUAUAACCCGGAAGCCAACGAAGGCUUUUGGAAGACCGUGUCAGUUCGUUCAAAUUUCGCCGGUCAGUGCAUGGUGAUUAUGAACGUCCACGUGGAUAACAUCUCGGAGGCAGAGGAUGUUUGUAACGAACUGAAGCCGCAACUCUAUAUACUGUUUGGAAAUGGUGUGGUGUCCAUUCACACACUAGCUACCAAUGCUGAUAACUCAGAGCACUGGGGCCCCGUGAUCGGAGAGGAGUUCUUGGAAGAAGAGGUCGGGGGCCUGUGGGUGCACAUCGGCAAGACCUCGAUGCUGAGCAGCUUCCACGGCAUCCCCACUCUCUGCGAAACCGUGGCGGAGAUGCUGGAUCUGAACAAGGAGACUGCCGUGAUCACCAUGGGCACCACCACCUUCAUCACCAUGUUCAUAGCGAAGCGAUGCAGCGUCGUGUACUGCGUGCAAGCCUCGGCGCUGGCCCUCCCGUCCGUGUUCGACGUGAACCCGACUCUGAACGGCAUAGACAACGUGGUGCACGUCGACGAGCCGUCGGAACCGGCCGUGCCGGCGUCCGGAGACACGGCCAAGCAGUUCACCGCCGUGUGUUCCGUGGUGCUGGACACGUGGAGCGGCCUGAAAGACCUUCAGCGGAAGAAAUAUCUGUUAGAAGUGAAGCGGCUGUCCCAACUGUCAUGUAUCAAGAAGUUGCUGUAUGUUUGCAUGUUUCCUGACAUUACGCACCUCACCUUGAAAAUGUUGUGCAAGAGGAGCAAGGAAAACACAGAUCCGUUUGUGAUGGUUAAGGUGGUUUUUGUUGAUGUUGAACCAAACUCCCAUCAAGCAAACAUUAUCAUUCUCAUGGUACGGGCUUCGGAGCUGAAAAGUUCUACUUGGCUACAAACUCCGAAUUGUGAAUCUGCUGUCAGCAAAAAAAGACCAUUGUUAAGUAUUCCAAUAACCAAACGAAAACAAGAUGAUAGUUUGGAUUCGUUAUCCAAGCAAAAACGAGGGUUUGGCUCCGUUCCCCAAAUGAAGCAAACACCAGAUGAAAUGUCCAUUCCACAAACAGAGCAAAAGCAAAGUGAUAGCUAUGUUUUGCAAAGCGAGCAAAAAGAUGUUGGCUCCAUUUCGCAAAUAAAGCAAAAACCAAAUGAUAGCUUCGUUCCACAAACUAAGGAAAAUGAAGAUGUAUUUGUUCCACAAACCAAGCAAAAACCAGAAUUUGGCUCCAUUCUGCAAACAAAGCAAGAACAAGAAGUUGGCUCCAUUCCAGAAACGAAUCGAGAAAAAGAAGUUGGUGACUCCAUUCCGCAAACGAUGCACGUACAAGAAGUUGGCUCUGUUCCGCAAACAAAGCAAGAACAAGAUGUGGCCUCCAUUCCACAAAUGAAGCAAAAACCAGAUAUUGGCUCCAUUCCGCAAACGAAGCAAGAACAAGAAGUUGGCUCCAUUCCGCAAACGAAUCGAGAACAAGAAGUUGGUGGCUCCAUUCCACAAACAAAGCAAGAACAAGAUGUUGCCUCUAUUCCACAAAUGAAGCAAGAACAAGAUGUUGGCUCUGUUCAAAACACCAAGCAAAAACAAGAUGAUAGCUCCGAGGAUACACACACUGUAUCACUGUCGGAACCAGCACCAAAAUCAGAUGUUUCCAUCACAAAGAGCAAUAUAAUCUCCUUCCUGAGACCUGUGAAACCUGUGUCAGCACAAAUAAUAUCUCACCAGAUGGAAGUCAAGGAAAUGUUAACGAAAAGUUUCCUGCAAGAGCUGUGUGAAGAUUUGAAUAAAGACAUUGCAGUGGUUGUGAAGGAUCGCACGGAAGACUGCUUCUUCAAGAUCGACAAACUUAAGCUUGCUCCAAAAGAAAAUUUUCUGUCAGAACGUUUUGAAGCACACUCAUGUCCAAAAGCAAGAACUGAUGAACAUGAACUUGGCUAUGAUGUUGCCCAUUCUCCCAAGAGUCCUCAUGUGCUUGAAGUGUAUAAGGUUGUCAAGCACUUUGUGGAGUCAUCUGCAUUUCCAUGCUACAACCACGAAACUAACCAGGGUUUUUGGAAGUCAUUGUCAGUGCAGUCGAAUUUCUGCGGACAGUGCAUGGUGGUAUUCCACGUACACUUGGCUGAAGUAUCAGCGGAGCAAGUGUCCAAAGAACUUAAGUGGAAUCUCUGCAAUCUGUUUAGGUGUGGACGUGGAAAAUUCUCCAAUGUAGUGUCGGCUCACAUAAAAGCAACCAACGUCUCAGGGGCGGUGCUCUGGAUCCACGCGUACGGCAAAGAGCUCUUGCAGGACGAAGUCGCGGGCUUGCACCUGCAAAUCUUUAAGAUGCUUUCGUUAAGCUCGUUCCACGGCGUCGAUACGCUGUGCGUCACAAUGGCGGAGAUGCUGGAGUUGAACGAGGAGAGUGCUGUCAUCACAAUGGACGCUCCCGACGUCACCACCAUGCUCAUUGCGAAGAGGUGUGGCAUUUUGUAUUUAGUGAAACAAUUGGAGGAUGAUGUCCGAUCUACCUUCGAUGUGAACCUGAGGUUGAACCAGAUAGACAAUGUGAUGAUCAUCAACAGAGCAUCGACCUUGGCAAAGCCGGCCUUCACGAUGUGCGCAGUGUUCUCGGAUUGCUUCGACGCUGUGAGGAGUCAACAGCCAGACAAACGGCUGUCUGAUGCGAAACAGCUGUGCGAACUGUCGUACGUCAAGAAACUGCUUUAUGUGUGUUCAACUACUAAGGUAGCACACCACUCGUUGAAGAUUUUCUGCAAGAAAGAUCAACAGAACACAGAUCCAUUUGUGAUGGUCAAGGGUGUCGGUGUAAAUGUGCAAGGCAAAGAUCUAGUGUACUAUGUCAUCCUUUUGGAGCGAGCUUCAGAGCUUAGAGGUUCAAUUGAGACACGAUUAGAGGAAAAUCAAUCCACUUUGCAGGAGCAAGGUUCUGCAUUGUAUUCACAGCAACAGACAGCAACGCAGAGCAGACUGGAUCCACAGGCUACUGGCAACAUUGCACCUCAUGAGAACUUAAUGAAUCUUACUCCAAAUCCACCAUCACCAUUUUUUGGUGACAGCCACACAGCAAAACCUCCAGAAAACAGCAUCACUCAACCCAGUGGUCAAGUGGGAGCACAGGCGUUUGACUUGCAAAAUGUAAUUGGUGCGCAGUUGGAGAAGCAGCUGAAGGACGCUGUGGCUCAGGCGAUGCUGGCGGAGACAGUCCAGAGCACUGUCGGCAACACCUUCCAGAGCAUCGUGGCCCGGAUGGUGGAGAGAAACGUCGCCAAGAGCCUGCAAGACACCGUGGCCCAGAUGGUGCAGAGCAGAGUGGCCGAGACACUCACCAAGAUCUCCCCGCCUCCGAAUGAGCCAGAGGUGCCUGUAGCGAGAACAGAAGAGUCACUUGAGGUCAGGUCCUGCGAGGAGACGAGGAAGAUGUGCGACGGGCCCCAGGGACCUCAGCCGCCUGCACCGGCCCCCGUGCGUCAUGCGACCAGCCAUUGCGAGAAUCAACCCGCGGGGGCUGCCAGUAUACCAUCACUCUUUGAUUUGAGAUUUAAAAACUCAAAUCAGAGUCAACACUUUAGAGAUGAUGACAUUCCAAAUAAGCAGUCAGCUGCUGUUCAAAACCAUGACUCCAGUACCACCUGGAACAGAAGCAUCAUUGAAGAUGCUAAAGGCCACUUUGAUAGAGCACAGGAGGUGCAUUAUUCAUCAAAGGCUAGUUUUGUAGGUUCUAAUCCAGGUUUUGAUAGAAGUUUGAUUGGUUUGCAUUCCAGUUUGAAAUCAGACACUGAACGAUAUCGUGAAGAUGCUUUUUUUCUAAAAGAUUCUUGUCAGCAAAGUGUAAUAUUCUCCAGGACUGAAGUAAAAACUAACACAGAUGGUUUUGUAGACGUAAUACCUAGCAGGAAUAACACACAAACUUUCCCUGAAUUACAGAGAGACCGUAAUGUUGACGUCCAUGCAAUGGAAAAUGAAAGUAAUGUAAAUAGUCAUUCCAGAUUGAAUGAACGAGUGCCUGCUGUGUUUCAUUAUAAUAUUGGUUCCAACACUGCCACCGAGCUUCGAAGUACGUGCACCAUUUCACAGCCAAACACACAUUUCAUGGCUGGCAGUCAGAUUGGGCGGGAUGAACCAGGAGCUAGCUUUGGUGCGCGUUCAAGCAUGGCUGAUUUGGGUGCCACAGGAAUUGCAAGUGCCAUUUCCAAGUCAGACACUUCAGUUGACCCAGUCAGCCGGGCGAAAUGGGAUGAACGAGAUUUCAGAACUGAUUAUGCUUCUGAAUCGGAACGGUUCCCGAGGGGUUCCGAUUCAGAAAUGGCUAGGUUUAAGAGGGAUUACAAUCCAGAAAUGGAAAGGUUCAGUAGGGAUCCCGUUCCCAAGAAAAAAGUACGUUUCUCUGAUGAUAGCCCAGCAAAUGGGGGUGGAUGGGAUACAAAUGCUGAUAUUGGUUCUAGCACUGUUGACUCGAUGGUUGCAGGGAGUGCAAGUGUUAUCUCCAGAUCAGACACUUUGGCCAACCCAGUUAAUCAGACUAGAUGUUCCAGACCUAGUUAUGACUCAGGUAUGGAAAGUUUCACAAGAGAUUUCAUCCCCAGGAGGGAAGCAAGUUAUUACGAGGACAGGUGGGAUGAACGGGGAACGAUUGCUGAAGUUGGUGCAAACAUUGGUGGUUGUCUCGUCUCAAGAAUAGCAAAUGAUGUUUCCAGGUCAGGCACUUUGGUUGACCCAGCUGGUCGGGGUAGAUGGGAUGCACAAAGUUCCAGACCUAGCCAUGACUCAGAAAUGGAAAGGUUCACGAGAGAUUUCAUUCCCAGGAGAGAAGCAAGUUAUAACGAUGACAGGUGGGAUGAGCGGGGAACGAUUGCUGAAGUUGGUGCAAACAUUGGUGGUUCUCCCGUCUCAAGAAUAGCAAAUGAUGUUUCCAAGUCACGCUCUUUGGUUGACCCGACUGGUCGUGAUAGAUGGGAUGCACAAAGUUCCAGAAAUAGUUAUGGAUCAGAAAUGGAAAGGUUCACGAGAGAUUUCAUUCCCAGGAGAGAAGCAAGUUAUAACGAUGACAGGUGGGAUGAGCGGAAAACGAUUGCUGAAGUUGGUGCAAACAUUGGUGGUUCUCCCGUCUCAAGAAUAGCAAAUGAUGUUUCCAAGUCACGCUCUUUGGUUGACCCGACUGGUCGUGAUAGAUGGGAUGCACAAAGUUCCAGAAAUAGUUAUGGAUCAGAAAUGGAAAGGUUCACGAGAGAUUUCAUUCCCAGGAGAGAAGCAAGUUAUAACGAUGACAGGUGGGAUGAGCGGGGAACAAUUGCUGAAGUGGGUGCAAACAUUGGUGGUUCUCCCGUCUCAAGAAUAGCAAAUGAUGUUUCCAAGUCAGGCACUUUGGUUGACCCGACUGGUCGUGAUAGAUGGGAUGCACAAAGUUCCAGAAAUAGUUAUGGAUCAGAAAUGGAAAGGUUCACGAGAGAUUUCAUUCCCAGGAGAGAAGUAAGUUAUAACGAUGACAGGUGGGAUGAACGGGGAACAAUUGCUGAAGUUGGUGCAAACAUUGGUGGUUCUCCCGUCUCAAGAAUAGCAAACGAUAUUUCCAAGUCAGGCUCUUUGGUUGACCCGACUGGUCGUGAUAGAUGGGAUGUACAAAGUUCCAGAAAUAGUUAUGGAUUAGAAAUGGAAAGUUACACUAAAUAUUCAGUAUCCAGGAAAAGAGUGCAUUUUGAUGGUGACUGUUAGCCAAAUGCAGGUUCAGAUUCAAUUGCUGAAAGAUACAGUUCAAGAACAAGAAAUGAAUUAAAACCCUUUUUGGACGUUGGGAGGCAGCCCAAAUUUGACAUGAAAGAACCCAGUACUAGCAGACCCAAAUCAAGGAGCAAUCAAAUCUAAUGCAGUCCAUUGAGGAGGGCUGGAAGUACUUGGAAGUAAUUAAUAGAAUAAUGAAUACUCAUAUUGAAGUAUUAAAAAAGUGACUGUACUGACUUACGUCAAUUUUCUGAGUUUUUUUUAAAGUAUUAUAUGAAGUAAUAUAAUUGUACAGUUUAUUAAAAUGCUUACCCUUUGUUACCAUUAAUAUUGUUCUCAAAUAUUUUGUCUAGUCACCUCAACUUAUUUGAAAAUGUACACAAAAAAAAGGAAUAAAUAUAUUUUUUUUCAAUUCAAGGGAUACUAAAAUUACUUUAUAUGAUCAGGUGUUUACGUGUUUUCAUGUAACAAUGUUUACUGUAACUACAUAUAUUAUAGUGUAUAAACAUAAAAAACAACAGUUUUUUUAUAGUUUACUAUGCCUGUAAACUAAAGUGUAAUUAAAUAACUACUUUUUUUUUCUAACUGAUUUGUACCUUACAGAAUAAACAGUCUCAGAAGAAAAAAAACUGGAAAAUGGUUCUUCUUUGCUACCAUAUGGUAGUUUAUACAACUAUUCAAUUUUUUAUUACAUACCCUCAUGUUUAUUGCAAUUUCCGUAUUCAAAUUACAUUGACGCUAUUACAGAAGCCUAUUUACGCAGUCUUUUGAAGCCAAGUAGGCUAUGGAUUAAAAGUCUGUGAGGAACUGUGUUUCAAUAUAGUUGCAUAGAAAGAAAGUGUAUAUUUUGUAAUCAACUUAAUUAUAUUACAAGUAUUUGUUUAUUUGUUUAGGAUCUUUCGACAUACUUAAUUAAAACAGCAAGCAUCAUGUACCACAGGAUCAAUAUUUACAGGAUCAUGCCCUCAGGAUCAAGUGAUAAACUUGGAUAUGUGAUACAGAACUUUUACUUAGCUUUCAGAUUUAUGUUUAAAUUAUUUACAUUAUAUUUAUCAAGGUUUUUUUUAUACAAGCAUAGGUUCACGUAACUUUUCCGUAUCACGUGUCCAAAAUUAUCCCUUGGUUCUGUGGUACAAGAUUCUUGUUUUAAUAUGUUAUGACUAAAGAGCAUGGACAUAAAUACUGGAACAUCACAAAACAAAAAGUUAUCUCAGGUUUUGCAGAAAUUAUUUCUUUCGUAUGUGUUUUACAUUCAUAUAUAAUUGUAAUAUUACAAGUUAGUAAUGCCCAGGUUCUUUCAAUGUACCAGAUCAAAACAUCAAGCAACAUGUACCACAGGAACAAUGUAUACAAGGUCAUGCCAUCAAGAUCAAGGGAUAAUUUUCUUUGCCGUGUUAACAAUUGAUCUCCAUCACCAUCAUUCCCGCGCAUUGUGUUAAAAGAAAAACAAUCCCGAAGUUGGCCAAAGGUGAACUCUUCGGGCUCGUUUGGGUGGGUCUCAACCCUAUGUACAACUUAGGCUUCCCCCAAUCACACUAUCAAAUUUUUGCUUCCAUCACCUUCCAAUACAUAUGUUGUGUCAAAGUUGGAGAGUUGUGACAACAAUGAAAACAUUACUAGUGCAACCAUGUUUGUUUGACAAAUUGAAUGACUUGAGUUUCCAUCAAAUAAUUUGCUUAUAGGUCAUGUUCUAAAGUAAUUGGGAUGUUGGAUGCAAUGGGCCAAUCAAAGACAUUUCUAACUACAACAGAAAAGAAAUUUGUUUUCUUCUCAACAAUUUUUAAAAUUGCGAGCAUCACAU